GUUUCUCUAACUACCCACGAUGCCUUGGCUGAUACGGGAGCAGAUGGAUAUCUGUUUGUCAGCACUUCCUUUGCAAAGCAGCUGCGCAAGCGAUUGCAAGUUAAGCGGUUCAAGGAUUUCCGGCCACGCCCUAUCGGUGGAUUUGACAACCACGGUGCUACCCAGUGGAUCAGUUCUAGCGUCCGUGGUCACCUUACGGUCCAAGGCCGAACCGUCUACGACGAGUCAUUCUUGGUUAUUGAUUCUAGCCACGACGUUAUAAUCGGCCGCACGUGGUUUGAGCGCCAUGAUGUCCUUAUCGACUGCAAACGUCGACGAUUGUUGUUCCCGCCCGAGUGGGGACCUGACCCCUGUUGGGUGAAAGGGGCAAAUAUUCCUCUGGAUCAGUCGCCAGCGAAGCGUCUGGACCGGGAAGCGGUAGAGGGUAUCUGCCGGCGAGAGAGACUCAUGGAUGAGGAAGACCGCCGCCGCCGAGCAGGUCGG